AUGGAGGCCGUCACCGGAUAUGUGAAGAGAAAGGAUCUUGGAAGAGCAGUUGUACAGACAGAUCUCGGAAAUCCGAAAGCAUGGGAGAUAAGACUCACCAUUUUAACCGAUGAAGUGCUAUCAGAGAACCAGAAGCUCGCCACCCAGAAGAUAGAUCCGUCGUGCGCCGUCGACGUCUCCAUCGGACAUGGCGCAUCUGACAGUCCAAGAGGGAGUUCUCUUGCCAUUAAUGAGGUCCGAUGUGAGUGUUCUUCUGGGAUAAGCGAAUCAGAUCUAGAAACGAGGGGCUUAGCGAUGAUAAUAGAUUUUGUCAUGAGAGUUGCAUCGCUGGAAAGAAGUGUAAUGAACAAGAGGGAUCUAAGGUUUGCAAGGGUUGAGAAACGGUUUCCAAAAGGGAAAACGAAGCUGAAAGCAUAG